AUGCAUUCAUCAUCAUCAUCGUCGUCAUCAUUUUCCCGCCAAAAAGAAGAGAAACUUGGAAAGAGGUGGAAGGAGUACCAAGGCAUGAGAAAUUGGGACGGUUUGCUCGACCCAUUAGACGACAACCUACGAGGUGAAAUCCUAAGGUACGGUCAUUUCGUGGAAGCUACGUACAAAUCCUUCGAAUUUGACCCUUCCUCUCCCAAUUACGCAAACUGCAGAUUCCCCAAAAGCACUUUUUUAGAACGAUGUGGUUUACCAAACACGGGCUACAAGGUAACAAAAUACCUACGUGCCACCUCGGGGAUUCAGCUACCUAGUUGGGUUGACAAAGCACCAAGCUGGGUAGCAACACCAUCAAGCUACGUGGGAUACGUAGCGGUGUGUGACAACAAAGAAGUCAUCAAAAGGCUUGGUCGGCGCGACAUAGUUGUGGCAUAUAGAGGAACAACAACAUGUUUGGAAUGGUUGGAGAAUUUUCGUGCCACACUCACCAACCUCCCAAUCUCAUGCACCACCCAAAGACCCUUUGAAAAAAAUAAUCACAAUAUCAUGGACGGUAGUGGGGCCAUGGUAGAAAGCGGAUUCUUGAGUCUCUACACCUCAUCACUUCUUGCAAAACUGAGUCUGCAGGAAAUGGUGAAAGAAGAGAUCUCAAGAAUCCUCCACACUUAUAGUAGGGACUCAACACCGCUGAGUCUGACCGUCACCGGCCACAGUCUGGGAGCGGCAUUGGCAAUGCUAACAGCCUACGAUGUCAAAACUGCCUCUCCCAAACUGCCGGUGACGGUCAUCUCCUUCGGUGGUCCCCGUGUCGGGGACCGGAGAUUCCGGAGGCAGCUUGAAAGGCAAGGGACGAAGGUUCUGCGCAUAGUGAACUCCGACGACGUGAUCACCAAGGUUCCGGGGUUUGUGUUCGACGACGACGUGGCGCGCGGUGGUGGGGUCCACGUGGCGGGGCUUCCGAGCUGGAUACAGAAGAGGGUGGAGGAGGCGCAGUGGGUGUACUCGGAGGUUGGGAGGGAGCUACGGUUGUGUAGCAGGGAUUCUCCGUACCUAGGAAACACGAAUGUCGCCACGUGUCACGAGCUGAACACGUAUAUGCAUCUUGUCGAUGGAUUUGUCAGCUCCACGUGUCCCUUCAGAGCCUCCGCGAAGAGGUUCCUCCGGCGAUGACAGCAACCGCAGGGUGGUACUCUAAUGUCUAACCCAAACCGUUAAACGAAGAGAGAAGUG